AGUUCCCUCUUUUGACUGUGCUUCCAUGGCCACCUCCAAAUCAUUGCUCUCCCUUUCUUUUGUCCCUCAAAAAGCUCCCAAGCUCCAAUUAAAAAGCUAAAGGCCAUCCCCGUCUCCACCUUCCCGGAUUUCUCGCUAGGGUUUUUGUCCAGUGCGUGAGUGCUCCCGGCCGAUGAGCGGGUGAGGAUGUGUCAAUGAGGGUUUCAGUGACCGGGCGAUGGGGUGCGUGUUCGGGAAAGAGGUGCCGUCCAGGAAGCCGGUAGAGAGGCGGGUAGAUAGGGAGGCGGGAAGAGAGGACAGGAAUGCGGAGGAGGUGAGGUCUGUGAAGGCGGAGGCUGCCGCGGCCGAGGCGAGGAAUGGCGUAGGCGAUAAUCGCCGGAGGAAGGAGGAAGGGAAUGUGCGGCCCAGGAGACGGUCUUCGAGGCCGAGCAACAUCCCCAAGCACGUCCAGGGUGAGCAGGUAGCCGCGGGAUGGCCGGCGUGGCUGUCGGAGGUUGCUGGCGAGGCCAUCAACGGCUGGACCCCGCGGCGAGCUGAUAGCUUCGAGAAGCUCGAUAAGAUUGGGCAAGGUACAUACAGCAAUGUGUACAAAGCUAGGGAUACUUUAACGGGAAAGAUUGUUGCACUGAAGAAGGUGCGAUUCGAUAAUUUAGAGCCCGAAAGUGUAAAGUUCAUGGCUCGAGAAAUUUUGAUCUUACGCCGCUUGGAUCACCCCAAUGUUGUCAAACUGGAAGGUUUGGUGACGUCGAGGAUGUCCUGUAGUUUGUACCUCGUGUUUCAGUACAUGGAGCAUGAUUUAGCUGGACUUGCUGCGAGCCCCACGAUCAAAUUCACAGAGGCGCAGGUCAAGUGUUACAUGCAUCAGCUAAUAUCGGGGCUCGAACACUGUCACAAUCAAAAUGUCCUGCAUCGGGACAUUAAAGGGUCAAAUCUUCUCAUAGACAACGACGGAAUUCUUAAGAUCGCUGAUUUUGGGUUGGCCUCUUUCUUCAGUCCCAAUCACAAGCAGCCUAUGACUAGUAGAGUGGUAACUUUAUGGUAUCGCCCCCCAGAGCUGCUUCUGGGGGCUACUGAUUAUGGUGUGGGUGUGGACCUAUGGAGUGCUGGUUGCAUACUUGCGGAGUUAUUGGCUGGGAAGCCUAUAAUGCCUGGCCGCACUGAGGUGGAGCAGUUGCAUAAGAUAUUUAAGCUGUGCGGGUCUCCUUCGGAAGAAUAUUGGAAGAAGUCAAAGUUACCUCAUGCGACCAUAUUUAAACCCCAACAGUCAUACAAAAGAUGCAUAAGGGACACAUUUGAGGACUUUCCACAAUCAUCUCUGCCUCUGAUCGAUAGCCUUCUAGCAAUAGAUCCAGCUGAACGCAAAACAGCGACGGAUGCAUUGAGAAGCGAAUUUUUCACUACGAAGCCCUAUGCCUGUGAUCCUUCUAGCCUUCCCAAAUAUCCCCCCAGCAAGGAGAUGGAUGCUAAGCUACGGGAUGAAGAAGCUAGAAGAGUGAGAGCUGCUGCCAAAGGCCACGUGGAUGGGGUGAAGAAGACACGACGUGAUCGAGGUCCGAGGGCUAUUCCUGCACCCGAAGCCAAUGCAGAACUUCAGAGCAACGUUGAUAGACGGCGAUUGAUAACACAUGCAAAUGCGAAGAGCAAGAGCGAGAAGUUCCCUCCUCCACACCAAGAUGGGACUAUGGGAUACCCUCUGGGCUCUUCGCAGCACAUUGACCCAGUCUUUGAUGACCCUCCUGAAGUCCCAUUCAGUUCCAUGAACUUCUCAAUACCCAAAGCUCCAAUCCAGACUUGGUCGGGCCCACUGGUGGACCCCGGUGCUGUGGGCGCUCCCCGUAAGAAGAAACACUUGACCGGCGACGGGCUCUCUCAUUUAAAGUCAAGGAAGGAAAGCUCGAGAGGUCGGGCUUCUUCUCGGAGCAAGGGCUAGAGGUGCCUUGUUGGUUUAAUCUGGGGUGUUGUCAGAGGAUAUUUGCAGGGUUGCAAGGGCUGCUUUUGAAUUGAGAAAAGUUGCAUUGAGAGGUAAAAGCAAUUGCAUUUUCAUUUCUAUUAUUCCUUCACUGCGAUAUAUGUUUGCAAAUUACGGGAAGCACUACGCUGGUGUAUAUUUGUCGAUUUUGUUCAUCUGUCUUGGACGACUCAGUAAUUUAGAAAUGUCCAAUAAAUUUUUGUUUAGAGGAGACUCUUUGCGUCAAAGUUUUUUAUUGCAUCC